AAAUAACAAAACAAAACGAGUAGGAUCUACGCCAUAUUCGUUUCUGUUUGUGAGAGAUUUGUUCGCACAUUUUUACGGAGUACUCGUUUUUGUCGCGUUUAUACGACGAGAUUUUUAACACAGUGGACGUAUACAGCAACGAUGUGUUUAGGAUUAGGUUGCUUGCUGGGAACAUGUUGUGGAAGUGCAGCAGCCAGUCUUUGCUGUGGCUGCUGCCCAAACUGCAAGAAUUCCACCUCGUCUCGAAUUAUGUAUGCAGUGAUACUCCUCAUAGGCUCUUUUGUAGCAUGCCUCAUGUUGAUACCUGGCCUACAAGAUCAACUCGCCAAGAUUCCAGCUCUAUGUGAGGGCUCAGAGGAGGGCAUCAACGAUGCACUGGGCACAUUGGGACAUGAGGGACUGGUGGACUGCAGCAAGCUUGCUGGAUACAGGGCCGUGUAUCGGAUCUGCUUCUCACUGACAUGCUUCUUCUUCUUAUUCGCCGUCAUAAUGAUUAAUGUGAAGCAUUCGAAGGACCCUCGCAGUUCAAUUCAAAAUGGGUUUUGGUUUUUCAAAAUUCUCAUGAUUAUUGGUAUCUGCGUUGGAGCAUUCUUUAUCCCGUAUGGGCCAUUUUCCGAUGUGUGGAUGUGGUUUGGUAUGAUAGGAGGAUUUCUGUUCAUACUCAUUCAACUGGUCAUGAUCGUUGAUUUCGCUCAUGGCUGGGCUGAAAAAUGGGUCGGUAACAUGGAGGACGGUGGUGGCAAGGGGUGGUAUGUGGCUUUGCUGAUAGUCACAUUCUUCUGCUAUGCUGGAGUGAUUGCAUUCGUCGUUCUGCUGUACAUCUACUAUGGAGGGUCUGGCUGUGGCUUGAACAAGUUCUUCAUUAGUUUGAACCUGAUCCUGUGUGUGGGUAUAUCAGUGAUGGCCAUCUUGCCCAAGGUGCAGGAGGCCCAGCCUCGCUCCGGUCUGCUGCAGGCAUCCAUCAUCAGCCUCUACAUCAUCUAUCUCACCUGGUCAGCGAUGACUAACCAGCCAGAUGCUAAAUGCAACCCUUCACUGACUGAGAUCUUUACACCUGGACAAGCGACAAGCGAUGAGUACUUCGGCUUUGAUGCACAGAGUAUUGUUGGCUUGCUCGUGUGGUUUGGUUGUGUACUUUACUCAAGCAUUCGGUCCUCGGCUACUGGACAGAUGACUAAGCUGACUGGUUCGACUGAGAAGGUGCUGCUGGAAGAUGAAUCCGAUCUGUAUGGUUCGGUAGGCGAGAGUCCAAGCCAAGAGGAUCCUGAGGGGGCAAAGGUCUGGGACAACGAGAAGGAGAGCGUUGCCUACAGUUACAGCUUCUUGCAUGUCAUGUUCUGUCUGGCUUCUCUGUAUAUCAUGAUGACGCUAACCAACUGGUACAAACCUGGUGAUGCGUCUUUGGACAGCCUGUACUCCAACGCAGCAUCCAUGUGGAUCAAGAUAGUCAGCUCAUGGCUGUGUGCUGCUCUCUACGUGUGGACACUGGUAGCGCCCAUCAUGCUUACCAACAGGGAGUUUUAGAGUACCUGCUGCUGGCUAAAGCAGGAGUUGACAUGGCCAGAGACCUUCACUAGGCAAGUUUAUUUACAGUUUAAGUACGUCGAUUGGGAAGCAUACACAGGUCGAUGGUUUACGAUUUGCCUCAACCAACAUGGACCAACAUGUGUUAGAAUCCUUGGAAAAUGUAACCAAAUGUUGUCUUGCCUAAAUUUCAAUCACCGGUAAUAUUUCCGAGUCAAGUCAACCUAUAAUGUAAAAGAUGAUAUGUGUGCUAGAGGAACAUUGUACUUAUUCACUUGUCUGCUUAUAUUGGGUCGCCGUGCUUUGUAUCAAGCAUGUUUGGCAGCAUCCCAUGUAGCAAUUUAUAUAUUAAAAACACGUAUAUCAAUAUUUAUGAAAGGGUUGUGAUUGAGAUUUGACAAAGUUUUACCUAGCCAGACUUCACACAUGGAACAGUGGAAGCUUUGUAUGUAGUUUUGUAUCAUUAUAAAUUUCAUUCACAGUUUAUACGUAUGAGCUUAUGCAAAAGAUAUUAAAACUGAAGCCUUCAGACUUAAUUCCUAUCAAGUUACGGUUCAUUUAUGCUGCAUGCCAAUUUUGAGUUUUUGUGAUGUAACAUGCAAGUUUAAAUGUUGUUUUCGCACAUUUGAACACCAGGAGCCAAUAAAAAAACUCGAGUUGUAUUUAUCCAUAACCACGAUUAAACUGUGAAAAUUCAUAUUUGUCUUAACUACAUGCAUAAUUUAUUUCUGACCAAUUGUUAAAUGUGGAACAUUGCAACCCCAAUUUUGAAAAAGUGUUGAAAUUAGGAAAUUACCCUUGUACUAAUAAUAAACCACGAAAUUGGUAUGUAGCCUAAUUAAACGCCCAUUGUUACUGAAGCUGUUUAAAGCCACGUCAGUGUUCUUAGUUUCUACUAAAAUUUUGAGUAUUCAGGAGUAAUGCAAUCCGUUUUUCAAGGUUAUUUAUUAAAUAUUACAUGUGUUCAAGACAGUUGCAGACUCUAAUGUACAAAAUAUAACAUGUAAUAAUCUUGUAGUUUGUUUCAUAUUGCACUCCCAAACCCACCUUUUAUUCAAUUAGUUGAAAAAUUGCAGAGUUAAACAUUUUCUAAAAAGCUGUGGCACACGCUCAGUAAUGUAAUUUACUGUACUCAGUAAUGGUUUUCAACAAAUAUGUAUAUAGAAAUGGAUAGGUGUGCGAAUACAAAAUUGUGAGUACAACAGUUAGUAAGAUAGUGGUGUAAUCAGGAGCUUAUAAAUGGAAUUCCAUUUAUAAGCUCCUGGUGUAAUAUAUAUACAGCUCAUUGUAAUCGAUGUGUAUUUAAUUUCUGCUGAUAUAUAUAGAACGAACCUGUAGCUAUUGUAAAAUGUUGUUAGCAAGACACGUGUCACACCAUUCAUCAAAAUGCUCUACUGGUGAUGAUAGUGAAAUCCUGGUGAUGUAUAAUUCACAUUUGAAGCAGAAACGUGCUAUUAGGAAAAAUGUGACCCAUACAAAAAAGGAAUACACGAGUUUAUACUUCCAAAAUACAUUUUAAGAAAAAACACGUUUGAGUUAGUCACAUACGUCAAAGAAGUGAAAUUUGUGAACAAGUGAAAUUUGAGGCAUUAUUCUUGGUGAAUUCUUGAUGACUUAUCAUCUGGUAUAAACAUAAUAAACUAUUGUGCAGUAAAACGUUUAAA